ACAAAGCAUACCAAACAUCAUGUCAGCACAGAGGUAACGGUAGACAAAGGAAGAGAAGAGUGCACAGUAGAGGCACCACAUGCAUCCAUCGCCCUGAUUCUAUUACACGCAGCAAAAAUGGAGCUCCAGGUUUGUCACUCCUGCGGAUGGUCCAAAGUGACAACUUACCAGGGCCUGAGAAUUCACCAGGGGAAGAUGGGAUGCACCCCGAAGGGUGUGAGGGUUUCAGACCCUCCACAGCAUUACACACAGAGCUAUGUGGGACACACAAAAACUCAAAUGGACCUCAGGCUAGAUGUCUGCACCUCUUUCAAGAUUGAAACAACAGAAUAUUCAAACCUGAGCCUCCAGGUUUGUCACUGCGGAUGGAAUAAAGUUACGACUUACCAGGGUUUAAGAAUUCACCAGGGGAAGAUGGGAUGCACACCAAAGGGAGUGAGGAUCCCCCAAAAGGAGCAGUACAAAUGCAAAAAUCAGUGGGAGGAGGACACGGAAUACUGGAAACCAGCUAAGAAGGCGACUGUAAAGGAGGAGAAUUUUCCAGAGUCACCAAGCGUGUACGGCUAUGCCAACUCUGGAGCAACGGCCAUAUUCAAGGAAGAAAACAAACUGACAGCUUCUGCAUAUACACAGCACUACUCCCAAAGAGCCAGAAAGUCGCAGCAUCAGCUGCAGGAACACUCCACCCUUCCACAGGUGAGCAGGCCUGCCAGGGAGCCUUCAGCACCACCAUACCCAGGAAAUGUAGUCAGGCCUAAGGAGAAAAAAGUAAAGCAGAAAACAUUAUCACAGAUAGAACACAGCAGCACGAUGGUAGAAUACCUGAGUGUUGACCUCUGUAGAGACUAUACAACAACAGCAACCAAAAUCAAGCAGGAGCCCAAAUCACCACUUCACACAACUCCACAGCCAUCUUUCCACAGAGCCAGCCGUCGCCUGCCGCAGGAGUUCCCCCCUGGUUUAGAGGUACAAAGAUCCUUGCCUCCAACUCCUCCACCACGGGAACAAACAGUGCUGCCUAUGAAAAAAGACAGCAGGGAGCAAACACAGAUGAACAGACCUACCAGGCAGCCUUCAGCACCAUCAUACCCAAGAAACAUAGUCAGGCCUAAGAAGAAAAAAGUGAAGCAGCAAACAUUUUCACAGACAGAAGACAGUAGAGAAGUGGCAGGAUAUCUGAGCAUUGACUGCUGUGCAGACUAUCCAACAACAACAACCAAAAUCAAGGAGGAGCCCAAGUCACCACUAGCAACCCCACAACCAUCUUUCCAAAGAGCCACCAGCGUUCAGCAGCAGGAGGUUCCCCUGGAAGCAGCAGUGAUGCUCAAAAAUCAAGAGAAGAAGGAUCAAACACAGAAUUCACCAGGACCAGCAAAGACAAGCAGCAGUAACAGCUCUGCAGCAACGUUCAGAGAGGAUGAAUACGAAUCAGCAGCUUCUGCACAACGCUCCACCCAAAGAGCCAAUAACUCAAAGUCAGACCAUCAACUUUACGAGUUCCCCACCCUUCCACAGGUGACUGCACCUGCCAGGGAGCCUUCAGCACCACCAUACCCAGGAAAUGUAAUCCAAUCUAAGGAGGAACAAAUAAAGCAACAACCAUUAUCACAUGCAGUAGACUGUAGUGCAAUGACAGGAUAUAUAAACAUUGACCCAUCUGCAGACUAUGCAACACCAGCAGCCAAAAUCAAGGAGAAGCCAAAAUCACCACCCCCAACCUCACAACCAUCUUUCCAAAGAGCCACCAGUGACCAGCAGCAGGAAUUCUCCACAGGUUUGAAGGCAAGCAAAUCAGCCAGAGACCACCCGACAGCACCACCUCCGGUCCCGCCGAAGAAGAAGCAUUCGGCUUUAUUCAAGGAAAGGCUGGAGAGGUUCAAAGCUGAAUUACAGCCAAAACUUCAGAUGACAGAGGGGAAGAACUGUGAAGUCAGAGCCUGCAGACCAGAGAACGUUUCAGAUGUAAUGAGUGCAAACACACAAACAAGUCCUGCAGCAGCGGACGUCUCACCGAAGGACAAUCCAACACAGUUGGAUCACGCUGCAGAGGCUGAACUCUCCACUGGUGUGAAGGUGAAGGAACUCGCCUGCAUGUUUUCAGCCAAGGAAACGCUGAUUUCAACAAAGGAGAAACACGGAGCCAACCAAAAACCAUCUCAGGUGAAACUGCUGGCUCAAAGGUUUUCAGUCAUUUCUGCCCAGGAAACAGCAGCCAAAGCAAAGGAGGAGCACGGGGAGGAGCAGAAACCCACACAGAUGGUGACAGAUUCAAAAAGCGAUCCCAUUGAAAUCAAUUCUGCAGCAGUGAAAGCAUCACUAACAGUGGAGAAGGAUCCCAAAAUAUCGUGUGAAAAUGCACCACUCUCAGAUUUCUCUUCUGGUUUGAAGGUGAAGGAUCUGGCCCGGAUGUUUUCAGCCAAUACAACAAAGGAGAAAACAAUCGGACUAAAAGAGAAACGGAGAGAAGAACAGAAACCUGCAAACGGGGCAAACCACAGUCAAUGUCAUUUAGAAAGCAGAGAGCAUAAUGUGGUGAAGCUGCUUAUCCAGAAGCUUUCAGCCAGGGAAACUAAAGAUCAUCAAAAAGAGAAAGACCCAGACAUGAAGGAUCGAAACCACUCAAAGUGGAUAUAAUGCUGGAUCCGGGCACAGGGAAGCAAGUGAGAGCCAGAGAAGAGAAGCAGAAAGCUCCAGAGGCUUAGAUGUAAUUCAGCAAUCUGCUUGGGCUCAGCUGCCUGAUCCAUGGGAAAUCUUACUGGGAGGUGGAGGUUAGCAACACGAGCAUCUGGGUGUAAUAAAAGCCAGCACAAGCCGUAAGGAGAACCUCUCACAAAACCCCAAAAAUGAUUCCUGGGUGAUCGCAAAAAGAUGACAAAGUCUGCACAGUCCUCACAGAACCACCUGCUUCCUUUGCCCAAAGGAAAACCUCACAAACGUUGGAGUUUUUGUGGAUUACAAGGAAGGUUUUGCGUCAUUCUACGAACCACAGUGUUUGUUUACUGGGGAACUUCACCCCUAUUUCAGUUUGCAUGUUAAAGAAGAUGCUUACCAUCAGUAACUAUGCAUGGGUGUUUGUGUAUAUGUGCAGUUCUUAUUGUUAUAUUUUUUCUUUAAGUGCCAUGUUUGGUAGAUUAUGCGUAAGUUCUGCCCGGGUGUUAAUGGUAAAUCAUUCAGUCCCAGUCUGCUGUCAUGUAUAAGCCUAGAUGUUGCUUUUGUUUCAUGAAAAAUAAAUAAACGCAU